CAGACAUAAAAUAUUAUCAGUUCAUAUUUACAUGCAAACCGAUAAAACAUAAUAAAAAAAUUGGUAAUCAAUCAUGGCGUGCAUCCCACUUGUCAAUUUUUGUGGAUACUCGCUUAGAAAGGGAGUCAAAUUAAUCGCCAUGAUGGAAAUGGCUUUAUCAGGAUGUUUUAUCCUCGCCUGUAUCAUUGCAACCCCAAUUAUUAUCAAUUUUGGUAAAAUGACGAGUCAGAAGGAGGACAAGGAUUUAAUCCGAGAACAUUACCCACAUUCUUGGUGGACAUCGGAAUUAUUUCAAGGUGAUCAUUCCGGAAGAUUGCAAGAUUUCGAGUACACGAAAGGGUGGGCAACUCUCCUGCUUAUCGCGGAACUUUAUGCCCGACUUUUUUUCUCAAUUGGAAUAUUUAUCUUGGGAAUUUUACUUUGGGAUGCAAGCAUUAAGGGCAAUAAAACCAAUACUGACCAUUGGGUCAAUAUUCACUACGGGAUUGUAGCCCUCAGCUUGUACCUCUUCAUUGACCACGUGCUAAUACCAAGGCAAACUCCAUCUUCAUCAUCAUCGGUUGGCCAAGUCCUUCAUCUUUGGUUUAUCGUGCUACAACUUUACUCCGUAUUCGUGGUGCAUUCUUUUUCAAAAGAAUUGGGGAGAAGGGAAGAUUUGAGGCAGAUAAAUUUGCAGAUUAUCAGUCAAACAUGAAUAGUGAUAAUAAAGCCUUAAUACAAAAGAA